AUGUUAAUGUCGCCAGUAACUCCAAGCAAAGAAAAAAAUAUCCCCUCAUUUCGUCCACGUGGAAGAGGUAAAAGGCAACCAGAUCUCAAUGCCUCAUCUGGCUUAAUUAAAGUUGCAGCCAGUGUUGGAGGAGAAAAUAUGGAAUCUCUAAGUAAUAAAACCGAUAAAAAACUUGUUUCGGAGAUGGUUUUGCAACAGUCUUCAGCUUGUGGAGCAAGUGGUGUGGUUACGACAUUGGAUUCUCAUUCAGAACAUUCUACAUCGUCUUCUGAUAAUACAGCACUGACAAAAAAAUGUGAUAGUAACUCAACUCCACCCUCAGUUUCUGACCAGGCUUCCUCGGUUUCAAAAGGUGUUACAACAUUCAGGGAUUCUGUGCAUAGUUCAGCAGUUGAUUCUGUACAUAGUUCAGCAGUUGAUUCUGUGCAUAAUUCAGCAGUUGAAUCUAUACAUAGUUCAGAAGUUGUUUCUGUACAUAGUUCAGCAGUUGAUUCUGUGCACAGUUCAGCAGUUGGUCCUGUGCAUAGUUCAUCUGUAUAUGAUGAUUCUCGGUCUCAGACGUCCUAUACCGAUACGACAGAUUCUGAUGUGCCAGAAAUGGGCCAAGAAAUUUUUUUCAGCAAUCAAACUAUUCGCAAUUUUGGACCAUCACCUUGCUUAAUGGCACCAAAGUUGCCUCCAGCUGUUCAACGAGAAAAGGUUUUUGUAAAAACUAACGUUUUUCCUUUGGAAAUUGAAAGUCGAGUUGUAUAUCGUUAUGACGUUCGCAUGUAUGCGAGUCGUGUGGAUACAUCACAGGAACGAACUAGAGAUCUCUGCAGAGGGGACAGAGAUGAGUACGUUUCUGCUUUCAAAUUCAUUCGUUUUCAUUUAAAAUCUGGCAAUGUGUCUACAGAGCCCGUUUGCAUGCUCAGCUGUGGAAUAACAUUGCGCCACAGAAAAUGUAUGCUGUUGAUGAGACGCGCUCUAGAGUUAUACCGCGUUCUUAAUGAAAAUGCCGCAUAUUUAUACGAUUUAUCGAGCACAUUAUUCACAAAUGAACCAAUUAAUAAGGAUUUGCCACCUCGCUUGAAGCUUUCAUUGGAACAGCUGACCCCAGAACUGCGUGAUAUAAUCGGUGCUUGCGAUGUAACAAUCGAGAUAUCACCAUGUACAGAAAAUGCGCAUACAUUUAAUGUAUCGGAUUAUCGAAGUUCAGUGUCAAAUGAUUUGGCUCGUCAGGAUCGAUCAUUUCGACAAUUUUUCGAAAUUCUUACAAAUAAUAAUGCUUUGCAGAAAGGAACACAUUAUGCAUUCGGCUGUGGUAAGCUGUUUUUGGUGAAUGGUAAAAAGUUUAACUUGAACGAUCAACCAUUGAAUGAAGGCAGAACCUUGAUAUCCGGUGUCGAAAAAGGAAUACGCUUUAUUGAACGUUCAGAUGGCAACAUCAUACCCGCACUUAUCAUUGAUUUGAAAAAAGCUGCGUUCUUCGACGCUAUUCCAUUAGAGGAAAUGGUUCAGAAAGUGUUGAGAAGUGAUAAUGCUCCAGUUCCUGUUCUAGAUCGAGAUCGCUUUUCGUAUUUCGUGCGAAGAUUUAACGAUAUGAUUCGAGUUCAUAUAUAUAUGAAACUUUCUGUUGGCAAAAAUGUGCCGCAUAUUCCAAUGUUACAAUAUUAUGAACAGCAGGGUUAUCACAUUCGGUCAGAUUGGCCAGCAGUACGUUUAGAAACAAGAGUUGGAACUUCUUAUUUUCCAAUAGAAGUGCUGCGAGUUGCUCCUUUCCAGCGAGUUCCAUUAUGUAAGCAGACUCCGUUGCAGAUGAAAAGUGCUAUCAAAGAAUGCGCGGUGCUUCCAUAUGAACGUUUUCGUGAUAUCAAGCGAAAUCUACAGGCUCUUAACUUAGAUGUUACUACUCGUUAUAAUCCGUUUAUGGCUGCUUUUGGAGUGCGAAUCAAUGCCACAUCGCUCACCGUUGAAGCUCAUCGUCGUGUUGCACCAAGAGUACAGUAUUCUAAUGCAGUUGUCAACAUCGAUACUAGAAAUGCAAACUGGCGAAUGACUGCAAAAGGGUAUUUAGUGAGUGCAUAUCUCCGUUGUUGGUACAUAUUUUAUGAUGAUGUUAGAGAUGGUGACAUGGUCAUGACAUUUGCAAAAAUUCUGAUUCGGGAAUGCUACAGAAAAGGCAUACAAAUGGUUAAUCCAGUUAUUAGAAAUGUUCCGUUUGAAUGUCUGGAAAAAGUUUUUAAACAAAUCCGUGGAACAUAUCCAAAAGAACGAGUGUUUAUCAUGUAUAUCGAUUCCCGGGAUGACACUCAUGAUGACUUGAAGUUAUGCGAGGCUCUUUAUCGUAUAAUCACUCAGCACAUACAUGUAUUACGAGCUCGUGAAGCGCCCAAAAAACCUGCUACACUAGAGAAUAUAAUCAAUAAGUUGAAUUGCAAGAAUUUUGGGCAGUGUUACGGAAUUGUACCAGAGUCUUUUGCAACUAAUAAAUGGAUUUCGACUGGAAAAACUCUUAUCAUUGGUUAUGAUGUUUGCCACCCUGAGCCUCAGUCAAAACACGAAAGAAGGAUGAAGAUUGCUCCCUCACAGCCAAGUGUUCUGGGAAUCAGUUUCAAUGGUGCUGUUUGUCCCGAAACAUUUAUCGGUGAUUAUUCAUACCAAGAGCCUCGUAAAGAACAAGUAACAAGCUCUAUUUUGGAAGAAAGAAUGCAAUGGAUUCUGGGUCUUUUUCAAGCGAAUCGUAAUGGCAUGCUACCUGAGCUUAUAAUCAUUACACGAGAUGGAGUUUCAGAAGGGCAGUUCAAAAUGGUUAUGGAAGAUGAGGUCGAAGCUCUUCGUCAAGGAAUGCGCAAUUACGGGAAAAAAGUUGGAAUCAAGAAUUACUCACCAAGCAUUGUUUGUAUAAUUGCUUGUAAAAGGCACAAUAAGCGUUUCGCGAUUGACAAUGGUGGGAAAUUCAGAUGUCGCACUCUAGAAAAUUGCUUGCCUUUAACUGUAAUUGAUCGAGAUAUUACACGUCCAGAUACAACGGAGUUUUUCAUGCAAUCUCAUAAAGUUAUUAAGGGUACUGGGAAGUUACCGGCUUAUUCUAUUCCUCUCAAUGAAGCGCAUUUAAAUAUGGAUGAAGUACAAGCAUUAAUGAUGGCAUUAUGCUUCACUCAUCAAAUUGUUAAUCAAGCAAUUUCAAUUCCGGAACCAAUUUAUCAGGCUGAUGAGUGGGCCAAAAGAGGUCGAAACAAUUUCAAGGCAAUGUUACGUCGUGCUCGUGGAAAAACGUGUUUGCCGACUCUAGCGAACAAAACCAUUGACUGGAGUCGUAUUACUCAGAGUCUUUGUUACAUGAACUCAGCAUUAGAAUUAACACGAGCCAAUGCAUGA